GCACCUGUCCGUUACCGCCCCUUCCUUCCUGUUGACACUUUAGUUUCAUUUUGUGUGCUCGUCGUCGUGUCGCAGCUUCUUGUCUCCAUCUAAAGACCUGGUCCAGACAGCAGAGAGCUGCAGAGUGAUGAAGUCCAUGAGAAGAAACUGAGAGGCUGCAGGUUAUCACCAACAUGAAAAGGAUCCAUCAGAGACCAGACUCACCUGGACCUGAACCUGAACCUGACCCUGACCCUGACCCCAGCUGUGUGUCCCCCAAGUCUGACCCGUCACAUGAACAUGGCAUCGAUCUUAAAGGACAAAAACUCUCUGCUGCACAUUUCCAGCAGCAGAGAGAAAAGUCCCCUGUACCCAGCUGUGUGUCCAUGAAGAGUGAUCGGUCUAUGGGUCGUCUGAUUAACUUCAAAGAUGGACGUCCUUCUUCUGACCUGCUAGUGGACCAGGAGAGCUCAGAGGUUCCCAGUGCUCAGUCUGCCCAGCAGCAUCAAACACACCUGGACUCCAUAUUUAUGCUGCUGGAGGAGAACAUCCUCACUUUUGUGAAGAACGAGCUGAAGAAGAUCCAGAAGGUUCUGAGUUCAGAUGACCCAGAAUGCUUAGAGAGUCAGAGGGAGGAUGAGGAGGUGUUGCAUGGUGACAAUGAGGAGCAGAGGAGGAGCAGCAGAGAGGCUUUUCUGAAGAUCACACUGAACUUCCUGAGGAGAAUGAAGCAGGAGGAGCUGGCUGACUGUCUGCAGAGCAGAAGUUAUUCUGCAGUCUGUCAGCGUAAACUGAAAUCUAACCUGCAGAAGAAGUUCCAGUGUGUGUUUGAGGGGAUCGCUAAAGCAGGAAACCCAACCCUUCUGAAUCAGAUCUACACAGAGCUCUACAUCACAGAGGGAGGGACUGCAGAGGUCAAUGAUGAACAUGAGGUCAGACAGAUUGAAACAGCAUCCAGGAAACCAGACAGACCAGAAACAACCAUCAGACAAGAAGACAUCUUUAAAGCCUCACCUGGAAGAGAUGAACCAAUCAGAACAGUGAUGACAAAGGGAGUGGCUGGCAUUGGGAAAACAGUCUUAACACAGAAGUUCACUCUGGACUGGACUGAAGACAAAGCCAACCAGGACAUACAGUUCACAUUUCCAUUCACUUUCAGAGAGCUGAAUGUGCUGAAAGAGAAAAAGUACAGCUUGGUGGAACUUGUUCAUCACUUCUUUACUGAAACCAAAGAAGCAGGAAUCUGCAGGUUUGAAGAGUUCCAGGUUGUGUUCAUCUUUGACGGUCUGGAUGAGUGUCGACUUCCUCUGGACUUCCACAACAAUGAGAUCCUGACUGAUGUUACAGAGUCCACCUCAGUGGAUGUGCUGCUGACAAACCUCAUCAGGGGGAAACUGCUUCCCUCUGCUCGCCUCUGGAUAACCACACGACCUGCAGCAGCCAGUCAGAUCCCUGCUGACUGUGUUGACAUGGUGACAGAGGUCAGAGGGUUCACUGACCCACAGAAGGAGGAGUACUUCAGGAAGAGAUUCAGAGAUGAGGAGCAGGCCAGCAGAAUCAUCUCCCACAUCAAGACAUCACGAAGCCUCCACAUCAUGUGCCACAUCCCAGUCUUCUGCUGGAUCACUGCUACAGUUCUGGAGGAUGUGAUGAAGACCAGAGAGGAAGAAGAGCUGCCCAAGACCCUGACUGAGAUGUACAUCCACUUCCUGGUGGUUCAGACCAAAGUGAAGAACAUCAAGUAUGAUGGAGGAGCUGAGACAGAUCAUCACUGGAGUCCAGAGAGCAGGAAAAUGAUUGAGUCUCUGGGAAAACUGGCUUUUGAUCAGCUGCAGAAAGGCAACCUGAUCUUCUAUGAAUCAGACCUGACAGAGUGUGGCAUCGAUAUCAGAGCAGCCUCAGUGUACUCAGGAGUGUUCACACAGAUCUUUAAAGAGGAGAGAGGACUGUACCAGGACAAGGUGUUCUGCUUCGUCCAUCUGAGUGUUCAGGAGUUUCUGGCUGCUCUUCAUGUCCAUCUGACCUUCAUCAACUCUGGAGUCAAUCUGAUGGAAGAACAACAAACAACAUCCCAAAGGUCUGAAGUCUUCAGAGACGAACAGAAUCUGAAGUAUCUCCACCAGAGUGCUGUGGACAAGGCCUUACAGAGUCCAAAUGGACACCUGGACUUGUUCCUCCGCUUCCUCCUGGGUCUCUCACUGCAGACCAAUCAGAGGAGCCUAAGAGGUCUGCUUAGACAGACAGGAAGUAGCUCACAGACCAAUCAGGAAACAGUCCAGUGCAUCAAGGAGAAGAUCAACCAGGAUCUGUCUGCAGAGAGAAGCAUCAAUCUGUUCCACUGUCUGAAUGAACUGAAUGAUCGUUCUCUAGUGGAGGAGAUCCAACAGUCCCUGAGUUCAGGACGUCUCUCCACAGAUGAACUGUCUCCUGCUCAGUGGUCAGCUCUGGUCUUCAUCUUACUGUCAUCAGAAGAAGAUCUGGACGUGUUUGACCUGAAGAAAUACUCUGCUUCAGAGGAGGCUCUUCUGAGGCUGCUGCCAGUGGUCAAAGCCUCCAACAAAGCUCUGCUGAGUGACUGUGACCUCUCAGAGAGAAGCUGUGAAGCUCUGUCCUCAGUUCUCAGCUCCCAGUCCUCCAGUCUGAGACACCUGGACCUGAGUAACAACCACCUGAAGGAUUCAGGAGUGAAGCUUCUGUUUGAUGGACUGAAGAGUUCACACUGUACACUGGAAACUCUCAGGUCAGGAUUCAUCAACAUGUUCAACUGAUGGCCACUUAAAUCC